ACCCCACUGCCUUUCUGCCAAUGGUGCCCUUCCUCUUCUAGCACUAAUCAAAACCCUCCAUGUCUAAAAUGGUCAAUUCACCUCCAGAGCAGCUAUCUAUAAAACCCUAUCAUCUUGCUCUCACGCAAACCGAGAAAAACUGAAUUUCCCUCCGGAAAUGGACCCGCGUCGAUACUCCCGGGUCAUCGAUCCGAAAGUCCGCCAAGUAGGCUUCUGUCCACGUUCAGGCCAGGUCCAAAAUCAAUCCGGUCCGACCGGCCCAUCAACAUCGCCACCGGUUUCCGACAUCUCUCCUUCGAGCAACUCCUUAUCUCCAGUCAUGAUUCCUCCGCCGCGUCAUCCAUCAGAUGCCGCGUCACGUGCGGUGAACGUACCUGCUGCCGCUACGACGCCGUUGAGGCCACGUAGGCCUUCUUUUGAUGAUCCUAAUAAUAAUUCAAGUAGCACUGAGCAGUUAGUUGUCAGCAGUUACAAUCCCGACGAGUCUGUUCUCGGAACCUCCCCGCCGUUUAGCGGCAUCGGCGACGACAGAGAUGGAGAUGCCGAGAGUGAAUUCUCUGACAAUUCGGUGAAUUGGAUUCGGCAAAAUGAUUCUGGUAGGUUUCCUUUGUCGUUGGCACCUGACGGUCGGUUUGAUUCAGCGGCAGCGAAAGAGAAGCAGUCGAAGAAGCCUCAAGUAGGAUCUAGAAAAGAAAGAGGUGGAGGACAAACUGCAGAAGUCCGGAAUGACUUGCCAUCAGAAUCAAAGCCGUUGAAAGAGAAGACCUCAAAAGCUGCAAGGCGUGCCCUGCAGGAAGCUCAACGUGCUGUUAAAGCUGCUGCAAAAGCAGCUGGUGGAAAUAAAUCAAAAGCUGCAUCAUUGUCAGCACACGAACAAACUGAUAAAGCAGUGAAGCUGCCUUUACAAAGGAAAGAUGACGGGCCUGUCACAUCUUCUGCAGCUGUUUCUGAGAGGAGAGGAGGUGAGCGACCACCUGAGAAAGAUCGAAAAAAAGAUGCUCCUGCCCCACGCAUGCAAUUUGAUGAUAAGAACCGUGUUGAAAAGGCUAAAAAGCGUUCAGUAGUUAAGCAAACUGAAGCUAGAAAUAGAGUUGAACUCUUUCGUCAUUUGCCUCAAUAUGAACAUGGUACUCAGCUUCCGGAUCUCGAGUCAAAGUUUUUUCAACUUGACCCUAUGCAUCCCUCCAUCUACAAGGUUGGACUACAAUACCUUGCUGGAGAUAUACGUGGGGGAAAUGCACGUUGUGUUGCCAUGCUACAAGCAUUUUCAGAAGCAAUUAAAGACUACUCCACACCCCCCGAAAAAACCCUUACUAGGGAUUUAACUGCCAAAGUGAAUAACUUUGUUUCAUUUUUGAUCGAGUGCAGACCCCUUUCAAUCAGUAUGGGUAAUGCGAUUAGGUUUCUCAAGUCUCGAAUAGCCAAGCUACCAAUAACUCUAUCUGAGGCAGAAGCAAAAUCCUCCCUGUGUUCAGAUAUUGAACGUUUUAUUAAUGAGAAGAUAGUAAUUGCUGAAAAAGUGAUUGUUGAACAUGCAGUAACGAAAAUCCAGGAUGGUGAUGUUCUUCUCACAUAUGGCUCAUCUGCUGUUGUUGAAAUGGUUAUAUUGCAUGCUCAUAAGCUUGGGAAACAAUUUCGUGUGGUGAUAGUAGACUCUCGUCCUAGGUUUGAAGGCCAAGCUUUACUUCGGAAGCUGGUGAAGAUUGGUGUUAGUUGUACAUACACACAUAUAAAUGCUGUUUCUUAUAUUAUGCGUGAAGUUACAAGAGUGUUUUUGGGGGCUGCAUCUGUUUUCUCAAAUGGUACUGUAUAUUCAAGAGUUGGAACUGCUUGUGUUGCCAUGGUUGCUCAUGCAUUUCAUGUUCCAGUUCUGGUUUGUUGUGAAGCAUACAAGUUUCAUGAGAGAGUGCUACUUGAUUCAAUUUGUUCAAAUGAACUUGGUGAUCCAGAUGCAAUUUCUAAGGUUCCUGGAAGAAUGGAUAUCAACUCUUUGCAUGAUGGGACUAAUAAAGAAAAUUUGCAGCAUUUGAAUUUGAUGUAUGAUGCUACUCCACCAGAUUACAUCUCAAUGAUUGUUACAGAGUAUGGAAUGAUCCCAACAACCAGUGUACCUGUGAUCGUCCGCGAGUACGGGAGAGAGCACCUAUUGAUAUAGAGCACAGAGAAAUUGACGCUGGCUGCAUUUUGGCAAAAUGUGCAGAGGUUUUGGUCCUGCUUUGCACUGUUAACAUAUAUUAGGUUUAAAGGAUGCCAAAGUACACCAAAAUUUUCAUCUUCUUUUGUUUUUCCAACAUGUGGGGCCUUUGGUAAGUGAGGUGUCAUAUAUUAUUGUCAGUAAGUAGGCAAAGGCGUUCAUGUGGUACGCUUGGGGACGAUGCAAUCAAUUUGCCUAAUCCGGCAAUUUUGUGAAACCAUCGUUGUAUUGGUAUAGUGUCAAGUAGACCAUUCCUUUGGCUUAAUAUGCUUAUUAUGUUCUAAUUCGCUUCAAUCUGGGGGCCUCAAUUAAUUAGUUUGCGGAAAGUAAUAAAUGGUAUUCUGUUUUUAACAGAUACA